CUUGUGUAGGUUUGUGUUAAGGAGUCAGACGAUGUGAGUUGUCAGCUGUACAGUUCACCGUGUUACAUUGGGAAACCUCAGAAAUUUCCAUCUCAGAGGGGUGGGAACCUUGAAAAGAGAGCACAGGUUCCCCCCUAAGCCGACUGACCACAUACAGCUAGAGUCCAUGCUGUCACCACGUCGUCACCGUCACACUGCCAGGAUCACCCAUCUCACCUGUACACCACGGUCGUCAUGGUCCGCUUGGUAUUGAUGUUUGCUGUGGUCGUCAUCGAAUACGUUUAUGGAAGGCUACCUCCUCUGCCCAAGAAAGGUAAGCACGAAGGCUGCUACCUGGUGUCUCCAGAGGUGAAUAUAUUAAGAUUGGAGGGCGAGGCCAUAAUACUCUCUUUCUCAAUGUUCGAGAGAGUGCUUAAAGUACGCAAAAUCGCCCCCCCAACAGCAACGUUCAUCAUCACCAAGGACAAUGGGGCAGAGGGUGUGGCCUAUCAGGGUGAAGGGCGUGUACAGCAGCGUAACAAACAGUUAUGGAUCCUCCCAGCUCAGGCUUCGGACUCAGGGAAAUAUAUCUGCACGUACAGAAAUGAAACCUACUGCGUAACUGGGUGUAUCACGCUACAAGUGUACGAGUCCAGUUCUGUUGACAUGGAGAAACUGAUCCAUCCAUACCAUGCCGUAGUGGGAGAGAGUCUGAAUCUCUCGUGUCCAUCUCUGAAUGACUUCAACAACACAGACAGACCGGUAGAGUGGCACAAGGACUACCCCCGUCAGCUAGGCAGAGCGGGCGCCUUCCUCCAAAACAGAAGUAGACUAAUAAUUCCUGCGGUGAAGCGAGCCCAUGCAGGCGUCUACACCUGCAAGCUCAGAGUGCUCAUCAGUGGCCAGCGGUACAAUGUCAGCCGAACCAUCCAGCUCACUGUGGAAGGUCUAGAUCCUGUAAUCACUACCACCACCACCACCAUCACCACCACCAGUGUGCCUGACCUCUCCGUGACGUCUAACCCAGGGCUAAUCAGCAGCAGCAGCUACAGUACCGUUCACACUCCCGUGAUUCAACCUCCUGUGAUCGUCUCGCCGCUGAAUGGAACCAUUUUUGAAAGUCUGCAUGGUUCGGGAGUGGAGCUGUUUUGCAAGGUGCUCACUGAAUGUCAAAUGACAGAUUCCACUCUGGUCACAUGGCUGGUCAAUGACCAAUCAGUGGAGUCCUCAUACUUUGACGGACGGGCUCUGCAAGGGGGAAGGAGGGUAACCAGGGUGUCUGAAGGCUGCCAGAUUGAGUUGAGGCUAGUUAUUGUAGAGAUAACAGACCAAGACAUGAAGACUGAGCUCAAGUGUGUCACUCAGAACCAAGGAGGUAGACAGGAAGUGGUCGUGCAGCUUCAACUAGAGGACUCCACAUUUACAUGGCUGGUGGUAGCUGUGGUGGCCCUGUCCUGCUUCCUGACUGUAGUUUCUGUAUUCCUCUAUGUCCUCUUCAGACCUAAAAAGAAAAUGGAUUACAUUCUGGCUCAGCAGAACAGCACCUUCUAAGACACUCACUCCACAAACUAAGACCUUUAAUGUGUUUGCGGUUACAUUAAAUUAGUCAUCACAUGCAUUGUGUGCAUGUGAUGACAUGCAGUGGCACCACAAGUCGUAUUUGUUGUUCAACACUGCUUUCACAGGGAUUCAAUGUUUUACUUUUUACUUUUGAAUGAUAUUGGACGUGUUCAUGUGGCAAAUUACAUGCAUUUGGUUAUAUAGUUGCAGCCACUGCAAAAGUUUUCUUUUGUACAUCUAUCUCAUAUUGGUGUGGCAGAAAUAUUCUGCCUAAAUGUUAUACAUCCAUGCAUUUGAGCUAGAACAAAAAAGAUAAAAAAAAAUAUGUAUUCUAUUGAUUAUAUUUAAUUUGUUAAUAACUUGACUGCACUUUUGUAUUCAUAACAAGUGCAAGAACGAUGCUUGUGCAUUUCCUGUGGAUUUUAAAAUCCCCCUGCAACAGUGGCUGGUGGCCAAAAACAUUAACUUCAGGCCCUACCCUUAUACAACAUGAAUUUCAACGUGAAGUCAUUUCAUUUGUUUGUUUUGUCUUUCAAACACUCCGUCAAAUAAUAUACACUCAGUGGCCCCUUGAGUCAGACAAUGUCAAAGGGGUUUCUUACGUUUUGUAUAUCCCAUUUACAAACACGAAGGGGGAAGAGUAUUGGAAACAGCUCAGUGAAGUCCAAUUUAAAACCACUGCCUCAAUGAUAAACGUAAAUGUUAAAUGAAUGUGUCGAUCAAAACUCAACAUUAUCUUUGUAAAGGUAGACUUCACGGCUGAGCUGUUGCAUUGGAUUUCAAUAAAUUGUGUAGAUGUGCCCAAUAAAGUGGCUACUGAGUGGCUGUGUGACUGUGUGUGUGUGUGACUGUGUGUGUCUGUCUGU